GUGUUCUUUAAAGCUCAUUUACACGCAGGUUAGAAACUUGAAAAAACUUUUAUAACCUGAUGAAAUAUUUUCGAAAAAUGGAAAUUUGACAAUGUCGAUUUUAUUUUUUUCUAAUAACACUUUCUCACCGGCACUUUUAAGGUACUAUAUGAUGGCAUUUUUAGAUUUCAUAUCCGACGUUUCGUUUUCAAGAAACUAUCAUCAACUUUAUUUUUUUGUAUGGCCCAAAAACAAAGUGCAAAAAGUAGUUAUAAUUACUAUUGCCGUUAUGAUUGUUUAUUGUUAAAUAGUUAAAAAAAUAGUAAACGUACUACAUUUUGUGCCACAAAAAUACUGUAAAUACCUACAACAGAAAUGCAUCUUAAUACAGAAAGAAAGCAGACAUGUAAGUCCAUUUUCUGACUCGAAAUUUCAAAGGAUAUGGUUCAUUUAAAAAGCCUAGAAAAAAGGAAUCUUUUUUAUUUUGGGUACAAAUAGAUAUCACCCUUAUAAAUUUAGGAUUCGCCAAGGACCUAAACCAGGGGAUUUCGAACAUUUUUGCGAGUGGUAUACAUGCGUGUGUGAAGAAAAUUUAUAUUUCCCUUUCAAAAUGAUAUGGUUCGACGAAAAUAUGGUCACUCAUAAUAGGAUCUUCAACCACCAUAAUAUGCAUUACUGGGCUCAACAAAAUCAACAACGUUUUGGGUUUAAUAUGAGGUGUGGAAUUUGAGGAACUAAAAUACUAGGUUUAUUUAUUUAUCAUAAUUAAUUAACCUUCAUUUAGAGAAUCUUUGGCAGCGAUUUCCUGGAAAGUGGAUUGGAACGUAGCACAGUUAGCAGCUGUAGGAUCCUUAUCUUGGGCAUACUGUAUAUUGUAAUAAAUACGUUUAAAAUAGACCAAAUGAAUAAUUUUUCUUAUACUUAAUUGUACAAUUCAAUAUAGGCUAAGAACAGUAAAGGAUAAAGGAGAAUAAUGUUGGUGUUAAAUAUAUUUAUUUGUAACACAAAUUCAUCUUCAAUUAUUGAUAGCAUUAAAAGCCUCAAUAACAGCAUCACAAUGUUAUUUGAUCCUUAUAAACAAAUAACACAUAAAAUAUGAUUCGAAUGAAACAGCUGACGUCACUGCUCGCUCUAAACGAGCGCUCCGUUUUUAAAUAUAGACUUUAAUUUCGAACCAAAAGAAGAAGACUUUUAAAGUAGCCCAUAUGGUCAUAUAAUAUUAAAUAUUAAAGUUAAUGGGUUGUGGUUUGGGACAUUUUUCAAAUCUGUUUUUCAUUUGUGUAGUUACAAACUCGACAGGAGUUAAACACCGGCUAAGCACAGUAAACCUAGGACUUUUGGAUGACAGUUUCCUUACCUACCUUUUUUUUAAUUUACCAAUUUAUAUUGUAUAUUAUUGUUGCUGUGUUGUGGAAACUAUUAUUAAUUACCCAAAUGGAAUCUUUUUUUAAACGUAAACCUCAGGAACUAGGUAAGCCGGUAAAACUUCUAUCGAAUUUAGCUGUAUCAAAAAGAAUUUAGAUAUAGAAACAAGAAAAAAGCCCAAAAGAGAAAGCUGUCCUCAUGGUGAAAGAUGCUACAGGAAAAACCCUCACCAUUUUAAAGAAUUUGAACAUGUGCAUUUAAAUAAGUGGUUAGAUAUGAAUGAUUUGGAUAAAAUACCUGACAAUAUGCCACAACCUAAACAACUCUACUUAGAACAAUUAGAGAUCUUAGGACCCAUCCUAAAAUCACAAAAUAAUAUUUCAAGCAGUCCAAUCCAUCAAAUUCCUUCAAGAGAAGAUACUUUUGAAACAAAUAAUACCAAAGAAGCUUCUACAAGCAGUGGAACAACUAAGAAAACAUCGCGAAAAGGAAAAUGCACAAAUUAUGUAGGUGAUUGUGAUGAAGUUAUGCACUGCCAGUCAGGAACUACAUUACAAAAACUUAAACAGAAUGGUCCAUAUAAUUUGUUUUUCACUACUAUAUUGAAGUCUCCAGAGACUACAAAGGAAAAAAAUGGGAUAACAUUUAUAGAUCUGCUAUGCCCAAGUUUAGGAAAAUUAAAAUCAUCCUUGCAAAUUAAUUUCAUGAUUGAUAUAGACUGGUUAUUGAAACAGUACAAAGCAAGAGACUUACAUCAAAAGCCACUAACUAUUUUGUAUGGAGAUGAUUGGCCCGAUAUGGUCGAGUUCAUGGAUAGAUUCUGUCCAAAUGUUAAAUAUAAAUUUGUCAAAAUGAAGGAUCCCUUUGGAAUACAUCAUUCAAAAGUUGGUAUUUACCUUUAUGAUGAUGAUUCUCUGAGGGUAGUAGUCUCAACAGCCAAUUUGUAUUAUGAAGAUUGGAAUCAUUACAAUCAAGGGUUGUGGCUAAGCCCAAGGUGUCCAAAACUUGAGGAAGGUAGUUCUAGCAGUGGAGAAUCUAUAACGGGCUUUAAAGCAGAUCUUUUAAAUUAUCUAAAGUCAUACAGCCUUCCAAUUUUGAAUGAUUGGAUUGGAUAUGUGAAGAAUUGUGAUUUCUCAAACAUAAAAGUUUCCUUAGUAUAUUCCACACCAGGUAAGCACUAUCCCAAAAGAAAUGGGUGCCAUUUACACAAAGUAGGUGAUUUACUCAGUCAACAUUCAAUAUUGCCUGCAAAAACUACCCCACAAAGCGAAGGUCCCCUUUCCUGGGGUAUAAAUGCACAAGCCUCUAGUAUUGGAUCUCUAGGGAAAACUCCAGCUGAGUGGUUAAGGGGCAGUAUUUUAAGAAGUUUAGCUAGUCACAAACAAGGCGCUUUACCAAAUAGUUCUAAUGCAACAUUGAAUGUCAUUUAUCCUAGUGUAGAAAAUGUGGCCAACGGAUAUUUUGGUCUAGAAAGUGGAGGAUGUCUUCCAUAUUCUAAAGCAACUAAUGAAAAACAGAAAUGGUUGCACAAUUAUCUUCAUCAGUGGAAAGCCGAUAAAAGACAUAGAUCUCGAGCAAUGCCUCACAUUAAGUCAUAUUGUCGUGUGUCACCCUGCUUAAAUAAAUUGUCAUAUUUUCUUCUGACGAGUGCCAAUUUGUCAAAAUCGGCGUGGGGAAGUAAUAUACAGAAAGAUGGCGGUUCCUAUGUAAGAUCAUGCGAAGUUGGAGUUUUGUUCUUGCCCAGUUUUUUUGACGAAGAUUACUUCGAAAUACAAAACACUAUCACAAAUAAGAACAAGCAGCUUUUUCCGCUUAUGUAUGAUUUGCCUUUGACUGCUUAUAAGAAGGAAGAUUAUCCUUGGUGUAAUUGAAUGAAGAUUUCAUGUGUUACUUAUUAUGUACAUC